UAUGUGAUGUAUAUGGUUUCCACGAAAACAUCUCACGAGAACUACGUUUUCAUCAUGUACUUUCAACGUGCACUGACAGUUGAGAAAAGAAGAAGAAUAAAGCUUACGUGAAUUUCCUAUGUGAAAAAUCAAAAAUUCAAUAUGGCCGAUAAAUUGAUUUCCGAUUUGGAACUACCGAAGGAUUUAAUAAAUAUUUUGAUGAACGAUUGCGAUCUCGGACUUUCCGAUCUGAUAAAACUUAAUUUUGAGCAAUUUCAAAGUUGUCUUGAGUCGACUGGGAUCGAUUGGUGCUGCAGGAAUAUUUUUGAUAAAAUAGAUGCCUGGAGACAGCGAAAUAGAUCAUCAAUUCUCAAGUUGUUGCAAAGUAACCAAACAUUAGAAGCUUUACCUGUAUUGCCAGGCGCAGAAACCGACUUCUGUGAUUUGUCCGUAGCAGAGGAAACAAACGGAAUAAAUCACAAAAAUAUUCCGAUAGCAAUCGAAGUAUUACAACAGGGGUCAAAUAUUGUCGCAAAUUCUUCGAAGCAGCUAGAAAAAUACACGCAAGAAACUGAAUGUAUUUCGAAACUAGAGGUAUCAGAGUCGGCAUGUUUUAUAAAUGAAGAAUGCCAAACAAGUUGUUUAACACCAACAUGCCCCGUGAUUGAAUUUCUGGGAUUUGAACAUGAAGCGUCAAAUACAUACAGCACCGAAACAACGGUUAGACAAAUAUUCAGUCCUAAGGUUUUUUUGAAGCUGCUAGCAGACAGUGAAACUGGAAAAGAGAUUGUGCAACGAGCGAGUGUGGGAGAGCUAUCGGAGGCCAAGCAACUACAGCUGGCGGGAAUUAUAGCUAAAUACCAUCUUAAGUUGAAUAAAAAGUUAACCUCUGAUGACUUACAGAACUAUAGCCUUGCCGUCGUUACUUUAUUCAACAAAGAAAAACAGGAAAACUACUACAUACCACGAGGAGGGGACCGCAAAAACGCUGGCGGCAAAAUCGCGAAUAAGAUUGGUAAUUUGCGCCAAAGAAAAAGAAAAAAUGAUAUGAGGGAAGAACAGCAUGCAAAAAAAUUUGAACCAAUAUCGACUACUGUUAGCAGUUCAAUCAACGAAGCGACUCAAUGGCUCAUGCUAAAUCAAGAACCGCUGUGUUAGAUAGGUGGGCAGCAAGUUUCUGU